AUGUUCAAAUCUUCAACCAUUAUUUAUACUUUUGCUAUUAUCCUCCUUGUUGCUGUUGUUGCUACUAAUGCUGCAAUUACAAGUGUUGUUCAAGAAGGAAAGAAAUUAACGAUUAAUUAUUCACCAAUGACAAUGAUUUGGUUUGAUAAUCAACUCAUCAACAGUGGAUUGACAACCAAUAUUGCACCAUAUUGCAAGGCAAUGUAUGGAUGGUCUCCAUUGGUUUGCAAUUUACCAACUAUUCCAUCUUGUGAUACUAUCCGUCUCUAUGGUGCAACUGGUAUUGGUGGUUCAAACAUUGAAAUGCAAUAUGCCUUUAAUUGUACUGUCGUUGUUUAA